GUCAUGGCGCGGCCAGCCAAGCGGAGGCGGAAGGCCCCAAAGACCAGGAAUGUGCAGGUUGAUGACAUUUUUGCGCAACCACAAGAUGGCGAGGAUGCGUCCGAAGAGGAGGAGGGAGAAGAGGAGGACGACGGCGAGACAGACUCGGACGAG